AUGGCGAGUGCGGAGAAUGGCGUAGCGCCCACACCAGGCAUCUCAUCCUCCGAGAAUCUCUCCGCCGUAGCCGUCUCUCCGCCGUCCCAGGCACUCAAAGACACGUCGGCAUCGGAUGCUUUAGCAUCGCAGGAUGCUAUACAAACGAGCUUUGGCAUGAGCUCCAACGAAAGCCCUGACGCCAGCAAAGCCGGGUCCGAGGCCGGCGCACGCCCCUGGCCCACAGGACUGCCUCCGUUGCCACCGCACUUGAUGGGUGCUGAUCUGCCCAUUGCUAAUAUCUCUCGCAUCAUGAAACGUGCCCUGCCGGACAAUGGCAAAAUUGCGAAGAAUGCCAAAGAAUGCAUGCAAGAGUGCGUCAACGAACUUAUUAGCUUUGUGACAUCCGAGGCCAGUGAUCGAUGCGGCAGCGAAAAGCGCAAAACGAUCAAUGGCGACGACAUUUUAUAUUCGCUGCGUGUGCUUGGAUUUGACAACUAUGAGCAGGUGCUCAAAGUGUAUCUGAGCCGCUACCGCCAAGCACAAGAAGACAACCCGCGUCAGCGCCGGCGCAGAGCCAUGAAGCGGCGCUCCUCGCCGUCAUCCCGGACUGGAUCUGGCGACGGGGAUCUCUCUACUACGGAGGGUGCAGUGGAUGAUGAUGCGCAGGAGGACGACGACGACGAAGACGCCGCAAGCGACGAGGGCGGCGACGAAGAGUAA